AUGAGUCUGGCACAGCCAGAGCGGGAUGUCGCCAUGGAAAGCACGCAGAACACAGCGCUUCUGAUUUGCAUUCCGGUGCUGCAGGCCCUGACCGCCGCAAAAGUUUUGUUUGCUGUCGGCAGGUAUAUCAGACGGAGCUGGGAUGGACGGCCGUUGCGGCUUUGCCGGGCUUGUGGCUCUUGGCUAGCAUUGCAUCUGG